AGUCAAACAGCGCUAAUGUGAGAAAGGUUGACCGGCAAGAUUUGGUUGGUUCCUCUUUGCUUCCUCUGAUUGGUACGUGAGAGUCAAUUCUCUUCAUCCAUUGAAGCAGCAGUUUGCAACAAAAGCUUGGUUGCUUCUUGUUGGCAAUGACGAUUCCAGCCAUCGAUUUCUCGAAGUUGGAUGGCAAGGAGAGGGCUGAAGCUUUGGCGCAGAUUGCCAGUGGAUGCGGAGAGUGGGGAUUCUUUCCGCUAGCGAACCAUGGGAUCCCGGUGGAGCUUCUGGAACGCGUGAAGAAGGUGUGCUCGGAGUGCUACAAGUUGAGAGCAGAGGGCUUCAAGCGAUCCAAACCUGUGCAGAUGCUGAACAAACUGGCGGAGGAAGAAGAAGAAGGCGGCGAUGCUAAGCGCUUGGAUGACGUGGACUGGGAGGAUGUCUUCGUCCUCCAGGAUGGCAACCAAUGGCCGUCUAAUCCUCCAGUGUUCGAGUGACCUACCAAUUAGCUGCUAAUUAAAGUCGUGUCCUCUCUGUUUCUGCCAUUGGAUCGACGACGAUAUGCUCCCUACAAUAACUUGCAGGGAGACCACGAGGGAGAGAAGGGAAGAGCUGCGGAAGCCGGCCGAGAACCUGGGCUUCGACAAGAGCAACAAACCCAUCUAGUUCGUUAGUGGACUUUUUAGGGUCCGGCCCAAUAAGCCCAUCUUGUUUAUUAGGAUACCGAAAGAAAUAGGGUGGAUUUCUGAAAGAAAAAGAAAACCUUUUUUUUUUAUUCACCCCCCUUUUUUAUUUAAUGCACGGAGUAUUUCUUUUC